CACAGGGGGUCUUUGUGACGUCACCGCAGUCCUAGCCAACUGGACUCCUAAGACCAGCCAGACCCCAACCCACCUCAUACGCGGAUGGUCCAGGAGGGUACGGGAAGCACCUGGACUGAAUUCAGAAGUUUCCAUGGAUCCAAGAAAUGUUUCCCCACCAUCCAGUAUGUAAAGAUGAAGGCUAUCAAAAGUUUUUGACUUUGGCAGUAAUCAGUAAAGCAGAGGUCGAUGCUUUUACUCAGCAGCCUUUAAAUACAAUGAGUGAAGGAGAUGCCAUUUCCCUCAGCAAUGCUUCUCUGCAGGUGACCCACCGAGAUUCUCUUAAUGUUGAAAGCAGCAGUACAGCUUCAGAGAUCUCUCAGGAUGAAAUACAGAAUGCGAGGCAGAAAGGGGAUCCUGGCUGCAGACUCUACAAAGGAGAUCAUCUUUUUGAGCCAGGGUUGGAAAAUUUGAUAUACAAUUUUGAAGACUCUUCACAGAAAGUUUUGACACCAUUAUGUGAUACAAGAACAUGCCUUAGCAACAAGAACUCUCUGUAUGUAGCAGACUGGAAGGAAUCCUCAGAUAAUGAAAGAAUAUUCUUCCCUAGGAAGGAAUUAUUAUCCAAAGAAGAAUCAACAGAACGCAGCAAAAUGCUGGACUGGUCAAAGGAAAGCUCCAUUACUAGAAAAGACUUGAUUAAAAAAGCAUCAUGGGAAACUGAGAAUGAGGAAGUUUCACUGGCAAAAGAAUUGUUACCUCUGGAAGAUGAUCCAUUUGUGAUAAUGGGGGAGUCAUUGCUGGAGUGCAUUGUUAAGGAAUCCCCCAUAAAAGAAGUGUCCUAUUUUCUCACUCAGUCCACAGGCUCUUUAAUUAAGAAAAAUCCGUGUUUUGUUACUGAAGAAUUAUUUUUCAGAGAGGACAACUUUAUCUUGACUGGCAAAGCAGCCAGUCAUGAAGGAAAUAUGACAGCCACUGAACAACACGUUGACUGUGCAGAGAACUUGAAGGAUAUUUCUCCAGUCUCUUUGGAUGAAAACAUAGAAUAUAUUCAAGCUCUGAUGAAAUCAAAUAGACUCAUGAAAGAAAAUAUCAAGAGCAACUUAUUACAUUGUUGCAACAAAGAGGAAAGUGUUGGCGGCAGCCUUCUGUCUGAGUCUGGAGCGUGUACAUCUGACAAGUCUUUAUUCCAUCCUUCUGAGAAGUCACUCGAUGGCCAAGAAGAAUGCAAGCAAGGGGAAACAGGUAGUAAAGGAAUUCUCUCAUCUCAUAGUACAAGAAGAAACUGCCUGAGUCCCUAUGAAGCAGCCUUCAAUAUGUAUGAGACAAAAAAUUCAGAGCUUGGCCCAGAGAAACAUCAAUUUCAGGAGGGGGAUGUGGACUUGAAUGAGGUCAUCAAGGGAUUAGAACAGGACCAGCAAAUGCAGCAAACCCAAAUCAUGGAUCUUCAGUAUGAUAAUAUUUUUUUGGAGAAGAAGAUUAAAGAAAUAGAGAAGCUGCUGCUUGAAGAGGGGUGUGUAGACUUGGGCGAGGUCAUGAAGAAGGUAGAACAGGACCAAAAGAAACAGCAGACCCAAAUCAUGGAUCUUUACUAUGAUAACAUUUCGUUGGAGACCAAGAUUAAACAGCUAGAGGUGGAAAUUGUCCAGCAGCUGCAUUUUAUAGACACCAUAAACAAGCUGAAGAAGAACAUCGAAGAUCUAAUUGAAGCAAAGGACAAGAUCUCUGUGGAGAAGUCUGAGACUGACAGCUGCCUGAAGAAUGUGCAGGAGGCUUUAUCCAGUGCCAGGGACCAUCUUGAGGAAGCUGGGGCUGAAAGAAAAGCCCUUCUGCUGCAGCUGGAAAAACUUAAAACCAAUUAUAGUCUCCUUCAGGAAAAGCAUGAAGCAGAGAUGGAGCAGAAGAUCAAAUCUACGACUCAGUGCUUACAGAUGGAUCAGACUAUACGCAGAAAAGAGCAAGAAAUACAAGAGCUGCAGCAUCUUAAACAAAAAUUGGAGCAUGAAGUCAAGACUGCCACCUCCGCGUUGCACAGACUAAGGGAAGAAAAGGAGAAUGCAGAGAAACAGCUCCUGUCCCUUCAGGCAGAACUUCAGAGACAGAAAGACGACAGGCUGGCAGAAAGGCAGCAGUUGGAAUCCAGAUAUAACAACCUGGUUGCUCAGAUUAAAAUCUUGCAAACAGAAUCUGAAAAUGAGCGGGCUGAGACAGAGAAAAUGCAACAGCGGAUCAGUGCAUUCAAAAUAGAGAACCAAGAGCUUCAGCAACAGAUAGUGAAAGACAGAGAGCAAAAUCAUUUUCUCCAGCUUGAAACUGCCAGGUGGAAAGAGCAGUAUGACAAAAUCAGGGAGUCACAAAUAGUAAAGGAGCAGAUGCAGUAUCAAAUGAUCCAAACACUCAGACAUAAAAUUGGAAUACAGAAGGAAGAACUAAGGAAGAAAGAAGAAGAAAUAGAGUGGAAGAUGCAUAUUCUGGGGAGGUUUCUUCUGGAUAUGAAGUCGAUGCAUUCUGAUUUAAUCCUGAAAAACCUCCACAGCGAAGAAGACCGUUUCAGUUCGCCAUAUGUGCAGCGAGCAUCCCAGCUUCUAUCUAAAAUUCGCAGCCUUCUGUCCCUCACAGAGGGACUACUUACCUGCCAGGACAUGGAUUCUACUAUUGAAUAUUCCAAGAAGAGUGAAAUGAUUACUGAACUGGGAGAAAAAAUGAAGAACUUCACCCUUAAAAAGAAAACCUUGGAGAAAGAGUUACAGAAACACAGGGAAAGCAUAGCAGCCAUGAGAGAGUUAAUUAUUCAUGAGAAAGCUUCCCAAGAUCAAGUGACUGAGGAUGCAGGUGCUGGUCAAGAGGAAACUGGGAGUGGCACAGAACUGCUUGAUUUGCUGAGAACAAAAAUGGGUGAAUACCAUAAGCAAAGUGAUGACCUCCAUUGCCAGAUUACAAAACUGGAAAACCAUCUAACGCUAAAGGAAGAAGAAUGCAAGAGGCUCACAGGAGAAAAUGAGAAGCUUCAAGGAGAUUUGGGUAGCUUGACAUGCAAGGUAACAUCAUAUGAGGAAAUUAUUGAAUGUGCUGACCAAAGGCUUGAGAUAGCAAGUUCCCAGAUAUCAUAUUUAGAGAAAAGAAACAAGCAUCUGGAAGACUUAGUAAAGAAGUUCAAAAUGAAAGCAAGAAAGCUGAGACAAAGAUGUUGGUCUGCUUUUCCAAAAGCCAUGACUGAGGGUCAAGAUGUUCAAAAAUUAAAUGGAAACAAUGUAGAUACUAAAGAACAGAAGAUGAAAUAUUCUCUGUAUCACUGUCAGAGCAGCAAAUUGCAUGUGUUCAAGUGAUGUAUUACCAUGGACAAAACACUAUUCAUUUUACACCGUUCCUUUGUAUAUAAAUUACUGAAUUAACAAUGGAAGGAAACUGAAAGUUUGAGGGCAGCUUUUGGAUGCAGUGGAUUCUUUCCUGAGUGCUUUGCAUACUGGACUGGCGAAGGCUUUUCCCAGUUUCAAACUCAAUAUAUAUCUUGCAUUUUGAUUAAUAGUAAAAAAUUCCUACCAGUUUGAUGUUGGAGAUCCUGGUAGUUGACAAGCCUGGGAUUAUUUAUGCAGAGAAGCCAAUGCGGGUAUCUCAUUCUAUGCCUAGCCUAUCUGUGGUGGGGGAUUUAAAAAUAAACUCCAACUUUAAACUGGGAGCAUAUGAAACACUGCAGGUUAUACAAAGAAGUCUGCAUGGAAUAAUGUAAUAAGCAGCUGCAGGUUUAAGGCUCAAUUAUGCAGUGCCUUCUGGAGGAAAUUAAUAAUUCUGUCUUCAGAGCAGGGUUUGGAUACUGUGCAAUAAGACCUGGGGCCAUGCACUGAACUAUUAAGAGAAAACAAAAUGUUGAAUAGCUGCUUGUUAAGUAAGCACCAUCCAUUCUGAGCACUGAAUGAAGCAAAAAAUAGUAUGUGGUCAUGCAGUUAAAUACUGUAUCAUAAUGAAUAUGUGCAAGGAGAACCAAUUAAGGUUGAAUUUUUAACUUUUGAGUAGUUGACUUUGAAACUUUAUUAG